AUGUUUCAAAAAGCACUUCGUCGACUGCAGCAACAGGCAUCACAGAAUCCACCAGUUGGUUCCGCCAAUAUUCCUUCACCCUACGCAACGGAAGGUGGGCACGUCCCCAUUUGGUCCAUCGUAAACGGCUUCGUGCAGAAACGUAAUUGGGUGUUCCGUAACCCUGAGUGGUGUGACCUUUGCAAAGAACCUGUGGCAUUGUGGGUGAACCAUCACGGUCGUAAGGACCACGCCUUAAUGGACAUGCACUAUACACAAAUGAUGGAAUAUCCGAGGCGGUGGAACCCCGAGGAAGUUCUCGUGGCAUUUUUUGACGAACUACAACUCCCCGUAGAAACGUAUCAGCGUAGCUAUACAUGUUACGAACGUGCCCAUAGGAAUGAGCUUUACUCCAUGCUUGUGGAGUUGGAGGAGGCCAAAAUGCUUUACUUUGGGGAGCCGCGAAACACUUACCUUCACCGAAUGCAAGGUGGUUUGCGUGGUAUGGACCAUCAGGGUGCACUUGUGCUGCACCGCUACAUCCUAGGCCCCUUCAUGCGGCUAUACCCCAAUGCUCACAUACAGGACUUCUCAAACCUCGUGGACUUUGUAACCUGCGCGUACAAUAUGGAAACUGUUUACGAUUUGUGUGGUUUCUACACACUUGAUAAAGUAGCAUUAAAGGCCGACUAUAAACCGAGCUCACCGGCAGCUUUGGGGUUAGGAGGAAUCGCCGUACACUCCUCCCCUUCGCAUGGAUUUGUUCAGAACGCGGCAGAGUCCCAGCAGCAGUCGAGGCGAGCGAGUUCAACCGCUUCAACGGGGUCUCGUAGUGCUGCGGACAUGGAUGAAGAGGCUUUUUCACGUAAGGCUGUUUUUGUUAGGCAGUUGUUAGGUCAACUGCGAUGGUUGACACUUCCAUGUGAAGAGCAUCCGGCAGGUUGUAAAUUCCCCCAACACCUGAUGCUCUUGGGUGAGAUUUGCCUCAAGUAUCUUGUGGUGGAGAUAAUAGCGGCACGCCUGUGUGAAUAUAUGGUGCGAGUGGAGCCGGUGUGGCGUGACCAUGGUUACGAGCGGGUCAAACUCAACGUUGAUAAAAUCAUGAAACAGGGAAGGGAUAUAUUACCCGAGCCAAUAAAGUACUUUUACCGACCAAUGUCACCCAAUAUGGAUGACUUGUACAGUACCAAAGUAGGCGUGUUGGAUGAGGCACUGGAAAAGGCUGCGGUUACUCAAUCACUCUCUAAAGGUGUGUAG